GCCGUUUUGUUUGGACCGCAAUUAAAAACCAGCCAAUCGGAACCGCCGGAAGGAGGCGUCGGCAGCCGGACCCGCCAAUCACGCCGCGGGGUAGCCAAUCAGCGCGCGCGGCGGCGGCUUCGGAGGAGGGGCUUGGCCGCCCCGCAGGAGGGGGCGUGGCCUCGCGCGUUGGGCAAGAAGAGAGAGAGAGGCAGCGAAUGAGAGCGCCGCCGCGCUCGUACUUGAACGGCAGUUUGCGGUUUGGCAGGUUUAUAUACAUCAAAACAGAACAAAGAGACAGAGCUAUAAAGGAGGAGAGGAGGAGAAAAGAAUAAAAGCGAGGGGAGAAAUCUCUGCGAGUGAAUUACAAAAGAAGCCGGGACGCUGUAAAUGUUUUUUUUUUAUCCAUAAUUUGGACAUAAAUCGGGAUUUUACUCCUUAAUUUUUUUUUAUUUUUGUGUUUUCUCCUUGAAGUUUGGGACAUGUUUUUGAUGAUUUUAUUUUGAAAUUGAAAAGUUUCCGGUCGCUUCCAAAGGGCUUUAUUUCUUUUCUCCCCGCUGAUGGAUGGACAGAAUGUUGUGAGGACGGAUUUUACGCCCCAAAAAAGAGACUUUUUAAGAAAGUUUUGAAUAAUUCAUGAGAUCCAAUUUGAAGAAGAAGAAGAAGAAAAAGUAAAAACAGAGAGAAGGAAGGAAGGAAGGGAGGGGGGUUAAAUAGAAACAUAUUCCUAGCCGGGAUGGCCACCGCCGCGUCCAAUCCUUACCUCCCCACCAACAGCAUCCUCUCGUCCGGCUCCAUCGUGCACUCUGACGCCGGAGGAGGGGGCAUGCAGCCCGGCAGCGUCGCGGUGACGUCGGGCUCCGGGGGCUACAGGGGGGACCCCUCGGUGAAGAUGGUGCAGAGUGACUUUAUGCAGGGGGCCAUGGCGGCCAGCAACGGGGGCCACAUGCUGAGCCACGCGCACCAGUGGGUGACGUCGCUCCCGCACGCGGCCGCAGCCGCCGCCGCCGCCGCGGUGGCCGCCGCCGAAGCCGGCUCGCCGUGGUCCUCCAGCCCGGUGGGGAUGACGGGCAGCCCGCAGCAGCAGCAGGACGUGAAGAACCCCGCGCGGGACGACCUGCACACGGGCACCGCUCUGCACCACCGGCCGCCCCACCUGGGGCCGCACCACGCGCACGCCGGCACGUGGGGGAACUCCCUCUCCGGCGCGCAGCAGCAGCAGCCCCCGCCGCAGCAGCAGCAGCCGCCGCUCAUCUACUCCCAGCCGGGGGGGUUCACCGUCAACGGCCUGAUGAGCCCCGGCGCGCAGAGCCUGGUGCACCCGCUGGUGCGGGGCGACACGCCGGAGCUGGAGCACCACCACCACCACCACCACCCGCACGCGCACCACCACCCGCACGCGGGGGUCAACAGCCACGACCCGCACUCGGACGACGACACGCCGACCUCCGACGACCUGGAGCAGUUCGCCAAGCAGUUCAAGCAGCGGCGGAUCAAGCUGGGCUUCACCCAGGCGGACGUGGGCCUCGCCCUGGGCACCCUCUACGGCAACGUCUUCUCCCAGACCACCAUCUGCAGGUUCGAGGCCCUGCAGCUCAGCUUCAAGAACAUGUGCAAGCUCAAGCCGCUGCUGAACAAGUGGCUGGAGGAGGCCGACUCGUCCACGGGCAGCCCCACCAGCAUCGACAAGAUCGCCGCGCAGGGGCGCAAGCGCAAGAAGCGCACGUCCAUUGAGGUGAGCGUCAAGGGGGCCCUGGAGAGCCACUUCCUCAAGUGCCCCAAGCCCUCGGCGCAGGAGAUCAGCACGCUGGCGGACAACCUGCAGCUGGAGAAGGAGGUGGUCAGAGUGUGGUUUUGCAAUAGGAGGCAGAAGGAGAAGCGGAUGACGCCCCCCGGGGUGGCGCAGACGCCGGAGGAUGUGUACUCUCAGGUCGGCAAUGUGAGUGCAGAAACACCGCCCCCCUCCAUGGACUGCAAACGAAUGUUCAGUGAGACAUAGAUUUUAACUUAAAAACAGACUAU